UGUUGAGAAGGACAUUGAAAUGGUGGAACUGCACUGCUCGUAUUUCUGCUGGAGAGCCGAGGCCCAAAGACAGGGAGUGGGUGCUCACGUGCGUCCCUGUCAACCCUACACUAAUACAUAGAGUCAGUAUUGCUCCAGAACGUGGACCUGACCAAAAAGAAACAGAAAAACAACAUGAAUGAUGUGAAGCUUGCUGUCUUGGGUGGUCCAGGAACAGGCAAAUCCGCCCUUACAGUAAGGUUUCUUACCAAGCGGUUCAUUGGAGAAUAUGCUUCUAAUUUUGAAUCCAUCUAUAAUAAGCAUUUGUGUUUGGAAGGGAAGCAACUGAAUCUAGAAAUAUAUGACCCUUGUUCUCAACCGCAGAAAGCCAGAUUUUCCCUCACAAGCGAGCUGCAUUGGGCAGAUGGGUUUGUUAUUGUGUAUGACAUCAGUGACAGGUCUUCGUUUGCUUUUGCAAAAGCACUGAUCUACAGAAUUCGGGAGCCACAGACUAGUCAUUGUAAAAGAGCUAUGGAAUCAGCAGUGCUUUUGGUCGGUAACAAGCAAGAUCUCUGUCAUGUGCGAGAGGUUGGCUGGGAAGAAGGGCAAAAGCUGGCGUUGGAUAACCGCUGCCAGUUCUGUGAGCUGUCUGCAGCAGAGCAGUCUCUGGAGGUAGAAAUGAUGUUUAUCAGAGUUCUCAAGGACAUCCUGACAAACUUCAAACUCAAAGAGAAGAGAAGAUCCAGUGGAUCUAAAUCAAUGGCCAAGCUGAUCAAUAAUGUAUUUGGAAAGAGAAGGAAAUCUGUUUAGUAGAUAUGUGAUCCUGGGUUCUUAUUAUAUCAGAGAGUUUCAAACAUUCAUUUAAUAAUUGAAUUUAACCUUUGUUUGCCAUUAAAAAAAUCUUUUAAAGAUAUAAAAUGAUUGAACACAAGCCAUAACUGUGUUUUCCAACAUCUAGUUUUCUUUUUUGGUUGUUUAUAUUUUGUAUACUCUUCUUCAUACUUAACCUUUUCUUUAUUACAUAAAAUAACACUCCAUACAAUCUAUUGGCUGAUUACUAUACAGUUUGCCUUACAAAUAAACAUUGCUUAUAUAAUUUUAUUACACUACUAUUCUA